CUCGUCUCCGUUACUCACACGGCUGGCUCACAAAGGAGAUUCGGUACGUUACGACAAACCCUCCAGAUUUAAGCCAUCAUGGUCCUAAUACAGUUUGGAUGCGGUAAAGCCGCAGCACCACUGAGAUCCUCAGGGCGUUCUAGAACUCUACUACCGCCUUCACGUUUCCAUGAAGCCGAUUCUGCCACAAUGGAUCAACCAUGAUGGCCGCUUGUAGCAACUAGGGUGCGAAGUGCUGACUGCAGCUGCGUGGGUUCCACGUUCCACGUUCAACGCCGUCGCGCCGUGGAAUACGUGGUCCAAGUUGGCUUCACUGUACAAAACCACGAUGAGUCCUAGAGAUGAAACCUACUGAUUCGUACAGUUCUGUUACUCUCCCAGAAGAGACGGAGGGGCUAGACUCAGUCUCAUCAGGAACGUAUUAUAGCCCUUGAUGCUCGCAGUUCUCAUCACCAAGCGUGGAAGAUGAUACAAAACCCAAGCCAGGCCAGAUACCUGGUUCUCUUCUGUCCUCUCAACAUCGGCAAACCGCAUUCUCUCCUCUUAACAUUUCUUCAUCAACGUCACUCGUUUAUCCCAACAACUCAUUUCCUUCCUUUCCUUUAUCGAAUAGCUAGCCUAUGUGUCCGCAUCUUUGCCCUCGUUGAACGCCAUCAUGAGGCCUUACGGGUUCAGAAAGUCUCUGCAUCCUAUGGUCGAUUUCAUCCAGCCAGCGGCAGGUAUCGAGAGACAGAUGGCACGUUCUAGCGUCGCACCUUUCAUUCCAUCUUCUUCAAAUCCAUUGAUGACAUCAAUACCGUCGCCAACCACUGUCUCACCUGGGAAUAAGCCGCGCUCGACCAACGAGUGUCCACUUUGGUCGCCCCUUUUUGCAAGGACGACGCCUGCAGAUGAUCUCCCGUCGUACGGAAUACCUUGGCCGCUACCAGCACCUCUUCCAACAUGUAUACCAAUCCCCCUGCCAGACUGUAUAUCACUCCCCCUCCCUCUAUUAUCGUUUCUGCCUCGUUGCACUGAAAAUUCUGCUGCUACGUCUUCCAGGACAUCAAAGCAUUCCUCCCUGACCACGUCGCAUCAUGCUACUACCAGCCCUUCUGUGUCUGCUUGUUCGUCUACCUGCUCGCGUCCCAAUGGAUGUUCAAGCUUACCAGGGUCUUGCACGUUUCCAUGGUCAACUUCUACCUCAUCUUCCUCCUUGGUCACCACAACUCCCGACUCACCCUCGCCAUCGCAUAAGACGACGCUUACAAAAACCACCACGUCAUCUUCGUCCCACACCAGCACUUCGCCCUCAACUCCCCUAACCACUAGUUCGAGUACAUCCACUUCGUCUCUCCGAGGCCAGGGACGGCCAACUACUGAUGCUACUUCAGCCAUAAACGGCACGUCCCCACACACGUCUACAAGUUCUAGCUAUUCUUCGUCAGUGACGUCAUCGUCAAGUAGAUCAUCUUCCGCGCCCAUCACUUCUUUCCCAACCCCUGCGUCCACGCCAAACAGGACGCCUCCAACGACGAAUCAGGUUUCCCCUGCAACACCAACCGGGGCUUUGACUAGUACUGGUACCGUCGAGCUCGUCGUAGGAAGCAGUGUAGGUGGGAUAGCUGUUAUCGCGGUGAUUGCGUAUUUUCUUCUACGCUGGAUCAGAAACAGACAAGUGACAGAAUCGACUAUUGGCGAGAAGUAUCAAGUGGUUCCAGGUCCGCCGUUUUCACAUUCCGGAGCCCGCCCCGCGCCUUCGGUUAUGUCUCUCGUACCCCCAGACCACACACACUCAAUCAUUAUGUCCCCUUCUUCCUCGUUGCGCUCCUCGUCUCCGCCUCCGUGGGACGCAUGGCCGACGCCUCCAGGCUCGGCCUCCCUCGGAUCGUUUAGGUCAGGAUCUCCAUUUGCACUAGACGAACACACAGCGUCACGAGCUCUUCUGAGUGAAUCUCCGCUCAUCAGCUCGUUUGGGCCCUAUAUCUCCUCGCGCUCCCAAUCGACAACUCCGGCUAACAACACACCGGGAUAUCUAACGCCAGAUCUCGAUCCGUUUGCAGAUACACCUCGCCCCGUUCCUGGCCCUAGUGCAGCACGCCUCGUUCCCGGCCCGUUUGCACGGUUCGGGGCUGUUGUCGAAGAUGUCGAAGGAUUCUAUCCGAGCGGAACAUUUGGCGUGCACAGCCACAACGAUGUUGAUGCUGCUAGACCCCAUGUAACGAGCAGGGGUGCCGUGGAAGCAAGCGGGGACAUCUCAAUCAAUGACAUCGUCGAAUAUGCGGCGAGUGUUGUAACGACGAGCGAAGAACUACCCCCGUAUCCCCGCUCUAGGAAAUCGACGGCGACGACAAGAUCGCGCUUCUGAGCUGAGUUCUGGCAGGAAAGUUCUGGUCUAAGGGGGUAUUGCACUUAUGCUUCGGUUUAGGUUUGAAUCGUGACUUAUGUGUGGCACUGGUGGCUUGUUUACGGACAUUACAUAGGUUUUGUGACGUGAAACGUGUUUACCGUUCGCUCAUCUCUACGAUCUCCCACUCAAUCCGCGCGAUGGACUACAUGUGCCAGGCAAGAUUCGACCCAAGGCGUACUUCCUGUACCUCUCCGUCUUCUUCGUAAACUCCGUAAACUCAUUCCGUAAACUCCGGAUCUGUGCUUGUGCCUCAUCGCUUUUCCAAAAUCCUAUCAUCUGACUUCUUCAGGCGCGAUGCAAUCAGUUUUGGACCUGAACCUUGUACUGUGAAUGCUGUAUUUCUCCUUGCGCAGUUUACCGCACCGCCUCAUCUGUCG